AUGUUUGCCCCGACCGCGGCGUGCGUCGGGGCCCGGCGGCUCCCCCUGCUGGAGGACUUUGAGUUCCCCGCGGCGUUCCCGCUGCGCGACCUGCCCCUCUUCCCGCUCUGGAGGCUCCCGCUGAGGCUGACCGUCGCCGUGACGACGGCCACCUUCCUCUACACCCUGCUGAGGGACGUCCUGCACCCCUACGUGGCCCAGGGCCGCAACGAGUGCUACCGCAUCCUGCUGGUCAUGAACAAGACGCUGCCCUGCAGCUCCAUCACCCUGCUGGGGCUGGUCUACCUGCCCGGCCUGCUGGCCGCUGCCCUGCAGCUGCACCGAGGCACCAAGUACAGUCGCUUCCCAGGUUGGCUGGACAGGUGGAUGUGUAUGAGGAAGCAGCUGGGUCUGAUCGCCUUCUUCCUGGCCUCACUGCACGCCCUCUACAGCCUCUGCUAUCCAAUGAGGAGGUCCUACAGAUACAAGCUGCUCAACUGGGCCUAUCAGCAGGUGAAGCAGGACAGAGCUAACGCCUGGGUGGAGGACGACGUGUGGCGCAUGGAGAUUUACGUGUCGCUGGGGAUUCUGGGACUGGGCGCCCUGGCACUGGUCGCCAUCACAUCCCUCCCCUCCGUCAGCGACUCGCUCAACUGGAGAGAGUUCCAGUGCGUCCAGAGGAGUCUGGGAUACGGCGCCCUCCUGCUGACCACGAGCCACGCCCUGGUGUUCGGCUGGCGGAAGUGGGUGGAGCCCAAGCAGUUUGUGUGGUGCACCCCGCCCUCCUUCAUCCUGGCCUCCCUGUUGCCGGGGGCGGUGCUCCUGGGGAAGGGGGUGCUGCUGUUGCCGUGCGUGGACCGGAGGCUGGACCGCAUUCGCCGUGGCUGGGAGAGGCCACGCCCCCUUCCCGGCCCUCCCCGUCAGAAAGGGCGGGCGGAGCACGUCGAGCCAUGA